GGAAUUUGUUCUACGGGACUGGAUUUUCUCGACGAAUUUCGCAGAGUUAAUCCAUCCGCCAAAUCCCUUGAUUACUUUCAGUCCUACAACCGAAUAGGAAGCGUUGUCAAAGGGAAUAUAGGGAACGAUGAAGAGGUUACAUUUGGAAAGAUGGAGCGCCCAAUCGCUUUUCCCAAAAUCUAAAUCUUAUUCUACUUAUCCGAGGCGGCACAUUCAAAAUCCCCCUCCAAGGACUACGACGUCAAUUUUGAUACCUGCUUGCGUGCGUAUGCAGUCCACAUCUGCACUUGCCUCAAAACCAGAAGAAUUAAUCAACGAAGAUGGUGAACCACCCCUUGAACCUCCACCAAUGAUCCGAAAACCCCUCCCACCUCCCUCUCCCAAAGUCGCAGCCCUCCACGCCCGUCUUUCUCUCCCUUCCAAAUUACCCCUCCAAACACUGGCUCGAACUCUCAUUACGCCGUCCGCAAACUCAAAUCCUGCUUUCAACAAUGCAGGAAUGGCGAGAAUUGGAGGCGAUUUAUUACAUUACCACGUUUCCGAAUAUCUCAUUUGUACUUACCCCCGCUUGCCUAUGGCUGUGCUUUACGCAAGUGUAUUCGCAUACAGUGGUCCCGAUACUUUACAUCUCGUAGGCCGGGAUUGGGGCGUUCAACCAGCUUUUGAUCCCGGAAAUGAAGUCGAUGUGGGACUGCUCCAAUACAAACAUCUGGAUGCGAAUGCAGCGCCCACUUCAAGCGGCAAAACCACAAGAAAAGAAGCACCAUAUUUCAGAAGGGGAAUGGCUAGUAGAGUCGUUUACGACGAUGAAUUUGGAGACAUAGUUAGGAAAUCUAAUCAAGUCACCGAUCCUCAACCAAUGAACCAUGCGUACGCUUCUUUCGUUAAAUCGCUCAUUGGCGCCAUCUAUCUCCAUGCCGGUCGCGCCGCAGCAAAAACAUUUAUUCAACAACAUAUCCUCUCCCGUCACCUCGACAUCUCUAAGCUCUUCCAAUUUUCGCAACCAGUGCGCGACCUCGCCCGUUUAUGCGCACGAGAAGAUUUCGAAACCCCCGUUGCCAGAAUCCUAAGUGAAAGUGGCCGACUUAGUAGAAGUCCAGUCUUCGUAGUUGGAAUAUACAGUGGGAGAGAUAAGUUAGGGGAGGCACCUGGUGCGAGUUUGGACGAGGCGAGGAUUAGAGCUAGUGUUGCCGGUUUGAAGGCCUGGUAUCUUUAUAGUCCGGGACAGAAGACGUUGCCGAGCGAUAUGGAGGUUGCGAGUGGGGGAAAGGAAGGGGAAAAGAGAUGGGAGCCUGUACAUGUGGACAUAGGAGAAAUUGUUGCGUAGUGCUUCAAAUUUUCUGAUGUUGGGUGCGCGCAGGAUGUGAAGAGAUAUGACAAGAUGGGUAAAGAACGACGUUGGAAGAAAACACGAAAUUGUUCCAUUUGCCAUUUCAAAAGUCACAGAGAUGAGAGGAUAUUAUGAUCAAUGAAUUGAUCAGUUGUGUAUGAUUAUGCAAAUUGCAUAUACGGGCUUGGGGGAAAGGGAGGUGAGAUAGGUAGAGAUGAAAGGAUGGUUCACUUCGAUAGAGGAGCCCCAAAUAUCUAGCAUGAGCCCUAGAGUGAGGGAUCUGAACAGAAAACUUCAUGGAUGGAUGAUGUGUUGAUGAUACCUGUAGAAUAUAAAAAAAAAGAAAAGAAAAGAAAUCAAAUGAAGAACCAAACAAUUCGCUUCUCU